GUUGAUCUUCAGCUGUUAACUGGCUUGGUUCUAGAUUGGAGUUCAAGGACAACUACAGGACAAAUUAAAACAACAAAAAAAGACAGCGAUAAAAAAGAGCAACAGGCACAGGAAAAAUGCGCUUCUUUGUUUUAUCAACGCUUUUAUUGGCCACUUUGGCACUGGGUCAUCCUCAUUCAAAUGCUGCAAAUGUAGAACACAGAUCGGUAGCAAGUCCAUUAAACUACUAUGGUGGCCUAAGAGGGCAAUUGCUGCAAUUGCAUCCCCAAAGAGAUGGCAGCCUGGCCACCUAUAUACUCCAACCGCAAGUGAGAGCUGUGCCCAGAGAUCGGGAUGCAGAUGACACCAUCACCAUAUCAGCAGCUGGCAUAUCGGCCGUUGCAGAUGGCAGUUCCUCCCCUGCUUCAUCAUCCAUUUCGGCCAGUGCCAGUGACUUCAAUCGCAUACAAUUGGCCGCCGCUCGUCUUGUGGCCAUUCAGGAGAUGGCCAAAAGGAAGGGCUCCUUUAGCGAAGAGGAUAAUAAAAUCUAUGCCAGCAGUUUGCUUGAACUGGGACAGGCAGCCCAAAGUUUGGCCCUGCAACAACAAACGGGACAGAUUAAGGAUUUCAGUGUACUCCUGCAGCCGGAACUGUUUCCCAUACCACAAAAGCAGCCCUCAAACUUUGGACUCGAGGCAUCGGGCAUUAAUCCAGCAGAUCAGAAAAUAGAUGAGCAAAAGCUGGAAGAGGUAACCGAACAGCAAUUGUCACCGGAUGAGUUUCUGCCGCCCAAUCAAGAAGAUCCCUACGAGGAUGUCAAUGAUAGUGUGGCCAUAAUGGCGCCCAAAAAAGACGCAGCUGUGGCCGAGGCCAAGCCAGUGGGUCUCUCCAUUGCCGGUGAGGGCGGAGUGGCCUCAUCUAAGCCCAAUGCAGUUGCCCUUUCUGGGCGCAAUGGUCUGGCAGUUGCCUCACCCAAGGCCACAGCCAUUGCUGGUGUCUCUCCGGAGGAAGCCGCCGCUUUCAGCAUCUCAUUGCCCACCCGCAAUCAAUUGGUCAUCAAGACACCAAACUCGGCAGCGGAAAAGGCCAGCGAUGACUACGAUUACAAUGAUGUACCCAUAGCUGCUGCAGUCGCCCGCUUUCCAUUGACUCGCGAAACACCAUUUGUCCCCAUACGCUUCUCCGGCAAUGGUGACUCUCUCGUCGAUCAAUGGCGUACAGCCAUUGCCGAGGAAUAUGCUGCCAGGCAAACCCAAGCAAAGGUCAAAUCGCCACCCAAACCCUUCAUACGCAUGGCCCCCAAGCGGCGUUUGCAUUACGAAUGAGUCCCCAGACGAUUCCCUCUUAAAGGAUUCUUCAAACGGAUAUCCAAUGACAAUUCUAUUCUAUACACUAAAUGCUUAGAGAUAUAUAUUUUUUGUGUGUGUGCCAACUGACCAAUUGCCAAUAAUAAAAAAAAAAAACAAACCAACUUA